CCUUUUAAUUAAGACAAAGAUAAUUAAUUAUGGAUCAAGGAAGCGGAUCUUGAGGUGCGUAUAUAUUAGGAAGCGAUAAAAUUUCAAGUUUUUUUUUCUGCUUCUUCACGUGAAAUGUAUCCGAAACGAUAUUUUCCGUUCGUGAUGACCGCUUUUAAGUUGGGCGGUGUCUACGAUUCGGAUCAUACGAAUGGAUUUUGGAAAUACUUCUUCAAAUUCUACAACGUGUUUUUGUUCCUGCUAUGUCCGAUCUACUAUACCAUAGUGGAAUUAGUAAUGCUUUAUUACACGAAGAAAAGUCUGUACAUGUUCAUAGAUCACAUUGGUAUGAUGUUCGUGCAUUGGGCAGGAAACAUGAAGACGGUGUUGUUACUGUUGAAUCGCCAGAAGAUCAAGGACGUGAUGGGUGUCCUGAAAGAUCAACGUUUUCAUUACGAGGAUUUCGAAGAUUUUCGGCCGGGAAACAUCCUGCAAAACCAUUUCAAGUUCAACGAGAUCUUUUGCAGGAUUUUCAUGUUCACAGCCACACUCGUACCAAUCUCAAACCAGAUAUCCGCUUUGAAGCUCUUCAUCGUGGAAGGACAUUCAAUAGACGCAGGAAACAUGACUUGCCAGGAUAUUCUCCCGUAUUACUGCUGGUUUCCUUUCGAAACGGAAACAUACGAAUCCUGCAGAUACGCCUUCCUCUUCCAAACCGUCCCCAUGAUCUUAUUCGUGUAUCUCAUUACAGCUUUCGACAUUGCCUUUUCGUACUUUGCCUCGUAUCUUCGAGCGCAUUUCCUCUGCAUCCGAGGCGCCUUCAGCACCUUCAGAGAGAGGUGUCUGGUAAGACUCAAUUUACCAACCGAUUACGAACUUCUCAAAGACUCUCAACAUCCUAAACUUGAGAUGGAGAUUAAAACAGAGGUUCGCAAAAUCACCCACCAUCUCCAAGUAAUAAUCAGACUACACGAUGAAUUGAAAUCGUUCUAUUCUAUUCCUCUGUUAAUUCAAGCCAUGUCCAUAGUGGGGAUCUUAAUCAGCUGUCUUUAUAUUAUAUCAUUGGAACCUCUCUUCAGCGCAGAAGCGUACGCGCGUUUUCAAUACGCGCUUGGAUUGUUCUUUCAAUUGAGUUUGUAUUGUUUCCAAGGAUCGGAAAUUACCAAUGCUGCUUUGAGCGUGGCUGAUGGUAUUUAUGAAGCCAACUGGUAUUCUUGCACGAAAUCGGUGAAGACGACGAUGAUGAUUAACAUGAUGAGAAUGCAAAGAAAGGUGGAGUUUACCGUCGGGAAAUUUGCUCCCCUCAACAUGUCGACUUACGUUAAAAUUUUGAAAGGAUCAUACACGUACUACACGUUUCUGAGUCAAAAGAAAAUAAAUUAGUAUUAAUUAGGAGUUCAUGAAUAUUCUAUAAGUAAUAACAAGUUCUUUGAACGAAUAAUAUUAGUUUCUAUAUAAUAUUAAUGUAACAACACAAA